AAUAAGAGCGUAAAAGAGAUUUGUAAUGUUGAAACAAAAAAUAUUUCUAAUAUAGUUGAAAAAAAUAUAAACGAAGUAGAAAAAAGUAGAACAAAAAAUAAACAAGAAAAAAAUGACGAAAAGAAAGAUAUGAGCACUAAAACUGAAAUUCAGUUAUCAGUAUCUAAGUCUAAAGAAGAAGAAAAAAACGAAAGUAAAGGUUAUAGUUCUUCAAAGGAUGAAGAUUCAGCUAAUCUGAAGUUGCAAAGCACAACCAAAAAGUUUAUGGAGAACAGAGAAGAUAAAAACAAAACUACUCCGAGAAAAAAAGAUGAUCAAAAUAAUAAAAAGGAUACUAUUAAAGACAGUCGGAAUGUAUCACAGCAGGUACAAGAAAGUACUAUAGGUAAUCAAAAAACUGAUAAGCCGACAGCUAAUGAAAUCUUAAUGUUGUCAAAGAAUACCAAGGGAUCUAAAGAAAAAGUUUCAACAAAUAUUUCUGUAGUGACGAGUGAACCACAUAGAGGUAGAAAAAUUGAGAUUAGUAUAGCUCAAUCACCUUCAAAAACUAGAAACCCUUCAGAAUCACCUAAAAGAGCAAAUACUCAGGUUAAAACAAGAGAACAAUUUAAAGAACCUGUUGAGAAAUUACAUAAAUCUGGACAGGAUGUACAAAAACCUACUUUUGGAGAAUCAUUUCAAAAGUCACCUAGUAGGGAACAAUUAAGUAAGUCCAGAUCUUCUUCUAUGAGUAGUGAAGAAAAAUUUUCAGUUGGAAAACCAUCUCCAACGCAAAACCGAAAAGAAAUCCAAGGUAAAAAAGUGGAAUUGAAUAAAUCUCAACAAAAAACUGAACAAGGUAGAAAAGGGAUUAUUCCAAAGCAAACCACAAAACCCGUGUUCAAUCAACAUGAAUCACCAUCCCGAAUGAAAGUCGAAACAGAGAAUAAAGAUUCACGACGAUCGAAUUCGCAAACAACCAACACAAAGUUAUCAAUUGAAAACAGAGAUUUACGACGAUCAAAUUCACAAACAACCACCACAAGGAUAGAAACUGAUAAUAAGGAUUUACGUCGAUCGAAUUCUCAAACUACCAAUAAGAGAAUAGAAAAUGAGAAUAAAGAUUUACGACGAUCGAAUUCCCAAGCAAUCAACACAAGAAUAGAAACUGACAACAGAGAAUCACGACGAUCGAACUUUCAAAGUACCAAUACGAAAAUUGGAACUGAGAAUAAAGAUUUACGGCGAUCAAACUCCCAAAUCAAUAUAAAGUUAGAAACUGAUAAUAGAGAAACACGACAAUCCGAUUCCCAAACAACUAAUGUUAGGAUGGGAACUGAGAACAAAGAUUCAAGACGUUCAAAUUCUCAUACUAUGAAAAUGGAAACUUUAACUACUGCCGUUAAUAUUAAAACUGACAAAAUUUCUCUUCGAAAGUCAGAAAUAAAGGAGCCGAAUCCGUCAUCAACUAUAAAACCUACAUUAAAUAUUGAAAGCAGUACUUCAAAAAACAAAAAAUCAGCAAUACAAACUAAUAUUGAGGGAAGUGAUGAUAAAAAUGAGAUAAAACCUCACAUUAAAAUUCUAAAUAAAUUUUCAGAAAAAAAAUCUGAGUCUAAAAUUCUUCCAAUGCCAUAUGAAAAUCCGCAAACCAAUCAAAAAUCUGUUAGAGACACUUCAAGAGAGUCGCAUAAAACUCCUGUUCAAAAAAUAGAAAAUAAAACUGAUACUUUAAGUAAAACAGAACCAAAAGUAACACUUAAUGUUAAAAAAAAUCAAACUACUCCACAAAAAAUUGUAAUUAAGAAAUCAAGCUUGGAAUCCAUUGCAAAUAAAAUUGCUGAAACACAAGGAUCUGAAGAAGAAAAAGAAAUUAAAGAUCUUCAAUCCGAAAAAGAUGCAAGAGAAAAGAAAGAAUCAAAAACGGAGAAAGAAGAUCUAAAUAUUUCAGAAAAAAAUGAUAAUUCUUUUGAUAAAGAUAUUAAAAAAGGGACAUCAAAUCCGGUAUCUGAAGAUAAACUUGUUGAUAAUAAAGUAGAAGAAAUAAAUGCUAUAUCUAUUCCAGUAGUAACUAAAAUUAAAAGAGAUUUUAAUACUCGAAGUAUUAAGAAUUCAGACAAAGAAAUAGAAAGUGAAGAAACGAGCAAAGUCAAUACAUCGACAGCUAAUGCUACAAACACUAAAAGUAUUGAAAAGGAACCUUUAAUUAAUAAAAAUAAUGAAACAAACAAAGAAGAUGAAAUUGUGAAAGUUACAAAGGAUUUGAUGGGAUCUACAUUAUUGGUUUGUAGUGUUAAGCUAGCGAAAAAUUCAUUAGAGGAUAUUAAUAAAGCUACAGAUAAUGACAAAAAUGACAGUGUCAUCAAAGAAGACGGUGAUGAAAAAAUUGAAAAACAUGUAGAACAAUUAAAAGAUGAAAUUGACUUAAAAACCACAAAAACUGUAUCAUCAAAACUAGAAAAAGCUGAUAAUACUGAGGAUAUUGAAAAAAGUAAAUUAAAUUCAAGUAAUCCCACUGAAACAUCUGAUGGUGCAAAAACUAAAUUAAAAUCUGACAAAAUUGAUAAAAAUUUGAUGGAAAAUAAUGAAGAAGUUAAUAAGAAUAAUACUAAACCAAUAAGAGGAAUGAGAAAUUUAAGGGGCAAAGCGGACGUAAUUGUUAAUAUAUCUCCUAAAUUGAAAACAAAAAUAGAAAGUACCACUGAAACUUCACAAAUCAACACCAUGUUCAGUCCAAAAACCUUGAACGAAGAGCAUAGUCGCAAACACAGAGAACAAGAAGGUAUGGAUAAGUCAAACAUAAUUGAAGGAAUUGAUCCUUCACGACGGUCCUUGCGGAAACGUGGAACGGAUUCGCCUAUGGAAUUAACUGAUGCAAGAAAAAUAUUUAAAGAGCCCACAAAUGCAGAUCUUGGAAGAAAAGAUUUAAAUGUGCGUAUAGAUUCUCCAGCACCUAUGAAGCGCUCUGCAGCUUUAAUGGAUAGUAUUGCAACAAAAAUUUCAGGUAAUGAAGACCAACAUCCAGUAAAGCGUCAAAAACUUGGUAUUCGUCGUGAAAUCCGCGGUAAAAGCAAGGACUUUCAUUCGAAAACGAUUACAGCAGAAGAGAUUGAAAUGGUUCCAUCAUCUACAGUAAGUGAGUUGUUAUCAUGCAAUAAAACAACUGAAAGAAAUUCUGAUACAACAUAUGUAAGAGAAACUAGAUCUAGUAGUUCAUUGUCUAUAGUUGACGCUAAUUUGUCAGAAUCAAAGGAUAAGGAUUCGUCUGCGGAUAUAGCAAAAAAUAUAAAAAGUCCUUUGGAAAGCUCGAAAAAGAUAUGCCCAGAAAUUGAAACAAGUGACACAAUAUUUUCUCGCAAUUCUAAUGAAGAAGUAGUGCCUAGGAAAUUAACGAGAUCACAAGCAGCGUCAAUAGUUGAAGAAGACAAAUCUUUAAAUUUUAACAUGCUAACCGAAAACAUACUGAAAGUUGGUUUAGAGGAUUUGGAUAAUUGCAAACAAGACAUCUCAAAUAAAAAGAAUUUACGAUCUAAAAUAAUAACUAUAGAUGUAGUUAAAUCGUUGGAAGACCGAACAUUAAAUUAUGUUGAUGAAGAUACUUCAACUGCAUCGGAAACUUCCAUUAAUCCAAAGAAUAUUGAUUAUUUAGUCCAAGGUAAUGAAGAAGCAAAAUCUGUUAAUUAUGGUGAAAAUUCAGAAAAAAUUUCAAAAAUGAACCAUUUAGAUACAAACGAAGCUAAUGUUUCAACAGAAAAAUUACAAUCAGUAGUAGCAGAAGAAGCUUUAGGUAGUACCAGCGAAAGAAUAGAAAUUUGUGUAGAAGGAGAUAGAAAAGAAAAAGUUGAUUCUAGCAAAGUUUCAACUAUUAAAAUAUUUUCUGAUUUUGAAAAACCUAAACGUAUUAAAGAAAUCGACAUUCUUCGCGCUUCUAUGCCAUUAGAAAUGAGAGAAAGUGGUUUUGAAAAUAUGUAUAGCGAAGGAAAGUUAAGAACAAAGAGCUCAUUAUCAGUAGUGUCACCUGUCCCAAAUGAAAGAACUAGAAUUAUUAAAAGUCGCAUAAUACCAGAAAGGCCUGCAUCAUGUGUUUCUCAAAUAAAAACCAAAUCUGCAAAACAUAAAAAGCAAAGUCAACAUGAUAUCUCUAAACCGAAGCAAUUAAAGAAGCUACGUGUUCGAAUCAAUCGUAGUAUAGUGGAUAAAUAUUUAAAGACUAUAAAUAAUACUAUCGAAAUCACCAAUAAACUGGAAGUAAUUGCAAACACUUCAUCUACCAUUAGAUCCAGAUCGAGACAUCUAGAACGAGAUGCGAAAGGACAUUUUUCAAAAUCUGUCUUACCAAAAACUGUUUUACCAAAAACAGUUUUACCAAAAACUGUUUUACCAAAAACUGUUUUACCGAAAACUAAAACUACGAGUGAAGCAAAAACAGAACUUGCUAAUUCAGCUGGUACCUCAUUUGUUUCAAAGGCUGUUGAAGCGGCUGCAGCUUCAAAGGAGGUAAUAGAUAGGAGAGCAGAAAAAACGCCAUUGGUGCGAUUAUCACAAUUAAAUACACAUUUGCGUACAAGGAUUUCUGAAGUGUCGAAGGGAGUACUUUCCUUUCAACAACAGCAACCUCAGUUGCCAGACUUUAAUACACCAACAUCCAGUCAUCAACCAGAAGAUGUUAAUAAACGUGUUAAAACGGAUGACGAAGACGGUAAUCUUUUAACACCAUUAAAAGCAACUGCUUUCACUACUCUACGUAAGCAGGUAACUGAUGAAGAAACGAAAUCAUUACAACAGCAGUUACCUAAACGCGUUUCGACACUACAGGCACAGAAUAAAGAUAAACCUAAAAAUAAAUUGGAUAAAAACGUUUCGACACCAGCAUUACCAACGCAAUCACCAGUGUUAGCGUCACUAAUAAAUGCCAAAUCAACUUUGCCAAGCUCAGUAUUAACUGAGCCAAACAAAGAGUUCACUGCAAGAAUUAAUGCUUCUACUUCUGCAACAUUGAAUAUAAGAACUCCAAAUACUACAAGCCCCAAAGUUUUACCAUUUAUAGAACCAAAACAAGAAAUUGAAGAAUAUAGUUCAAGUGCUUAUAAUAUAAAUUCAACUCCGACAAGUAUUUUACCCUCUACAGCAUCAAGUAUUUUACCUUCGAGUCACCAAUCGACGCAAUCUCCCGUUGCUACACUACCAACUACAACUGGUAUAUCUCCUACUAUUGUCGACGCGAAUGGUACGCGUCUUUAUUCGUUCUUACAUCCCGCAAAAUAUAAUCGAGGUUAUGGUGGUGUAUUAUUAGAUUAUUGUUGUCCUAAUUUGGAUGGCCCAAUGCCAGCAAUUGACCCAACACGUAUACAUGCUAGGACACAAGCAGUUGUGCGAGAACUACCUGCUUAUAUUGUGAUGACUACUAAAUUGAUAACACGUGCUGAUUUAGAAACUGAUAAGAACUCAAUUCCGGCUUCAAUAAGGCACAAGGUAGAAAUGCUUACUGCUAGUUCUAGCACACCAGCCACUUCAACACAAGGCCCGCCUGCUUUACAACCAUUACAACCAUCUCAUUUAUCAUCUACAAUUAAUGCUUUGCAAAGACAAUUACCAUCGACAACAACACUAACGCCCAAAAAUAUUAAAUCUCUUCAAUCGGCAAAUAUAGCUGAUACACCCCCAUCUCCUGCAACUACCAGCAAUUUAAAAACUCCAGUUUCUUUACCCGAAUAUCAGCGCUCACUAUUACGUUCAAGUGUACAACGUUUUGAUUUAACCUUAACAAAAUUGAUCCAACUUAAUUUAUCAAAAAUGUCCUUUAGCGAACGGCAACGCGUUGUUGAUAGUUUAUCAAAUUUAAACAAAUUCAGUUCAAAAGAUAUUGAUUGUGCUGUCCGCCUCAUGGAAGAAUAUAUGUUGACAUUAAACACUCCACCACCAAUUAUUCCAUCUAUUCAACCUACAACAUCUUUAACUGCUGUGAAAACAAGCACACCACAGCAAAAAGAGAUUGUAAACGAUAUGGCUAGAAAGGCGAAAGCACCACGUCCCCAACAGCAAAGAAAAAUGCCAGUACAAAAACAACAACCUCAAAAGGAACAACAUAAAAACAAUGAACAGUACUUGCCUAUACUUGAUGCUGAUCAAAAUAUAAUAGGCUUCAAAUAUCAAGAUGUAUCUUCAACUUCCCAAGUAACGAAACCUACAAUGUCAACACGUGUUGAGCCUUCAUCAACAGUUCCAGAUUUAAGAUCCUCAACCAUAAAGAAUUUAUUAAAAAAAUCAAAUGCAACAACUAAAAAUUUGAAACUGCCCGCUCAAGAAUCGCCACGUAUUUUUUAUGCUAAACCGCCUUUACAGUCCUCUACUCCGAUUCCAUCUAAAUCAACUAAUACAUCUUUAUCCUUAAGAAGUAAUCAACGGAGUUGCUUACCUUAUCGUCAGUUUAAUACGCCACCAACGGCAACCACAGUGACAGGACCACCACCACCGAAACGUCCAGCGAUAUCAGCUGCUCCAAUAUCUUCUCUUAUUAGUGGUACGCCUUUUGGAUCACUCUCGGUAACAUCUCCAACUAUGACACAAACAACAACAAUAGCUUCGAAGUCAGUGAUAUUAGAAGCAACGCCAAAACGUACUACACGAACUGCGGCUGCUGCUGCAGCUUCAACUACGAAAGUAAUUAUAAUCACUAGCGAUCAACAAGCAGAUGAAUGUAUACUACCAGAUGAUACAAGGAGUACUGCGAUCAAAAGUGAAAAUAUUGAUGAAGAUUUCAUUGGUGGAAAUUAGUUUUUAAAAUAUGAUUAUUAUUAUUAUAAAUUAAUAACAAUUUAAUGCAUCUUUAUUUAAUGACUUUGUUAAGCAACAUAAGUUUUACUUAUUUAUACGAGAAGUAAGAGUAAAACUUUAUAUUAUAUAUAUAUAUAUAA